GAGUCCUCACAAAGUUGUCUGCCCGCUAUGAUUGCCCGCACUCAGCCUGAUAAACAGCUGCUUACCAUUUAGGGCACUUCACAAAAGUUUUCUCCGAACUCCUCGAAUAGAGAUUUUUUUUCUGUGUGUGUGUGUGUGUGUGUGUGUGUGUGUGUGUACAUCGUUCUUUGUCUGUGGAUGUUCAGAUAUAGAAAGUCUGCACCGCUGGAAGCUCGAGUCUGGACUCUAGGUUUGCGUAAUGCUGAGGCGUCUUCUGCUCAACAUCUGGAUUAACUAUUUGGAGUCAGAGCUAGCGGCCAUACACACAACUUUGACUGUCUAGCCUAUCUUUUGUAAAAAGACUGCCCUUUUUCUCUGGAAUUUAACUCCUUUUGAUACACCGAGUUUUGCGCAUAGAUUAUGUAUUCUUUAAAAUGGGUGCGAACAAUGGAAAACAGUAUGGAAGCGAGGGUAAAGGGAGCUCAAGCAUCUCUUCUGACAUAAGUUCGAGCACGGAUCACACACCAACCAAAGCUCCAAAGAAUGUGGCUACCACCGAAGGUUUAGACUCCAGCACUCGGACUCUGAGCACCCCCAGCCCCGGUCUUAUCCUGCCAUCCAAGUCCUCCUCCCUCUCCUCACCCGCCCUCUCCAGUAACGGCCAUGAGACCAACUCCUCUUCCUCCUCCUCUGCCCCCGCCGAGACCGUCGCCGUGGUCCACUCUCAACCUGGCACUCACACUCGCUCCCGCCAGUCCAAAAGCCACCACCACGCUCCUAUUGACCUCCUCCCCGACCACGCCCUUCUACAGAUCUUCUCCCAUCUCCCCACCAAUCAGCUGUGCCGCUGCGCGCGUGUAUGCCGCCGCUGGUACAACCUGGCGUGGGACCCGAGGCUGUGGAGCACCGUCCGCCUAACAGGAGAGCUGCUUCACGCCGACCGUGCCAUCCGGGUCCUGACCCACCGGCUGUGCCAGGACACCCCGAACGUGUGUCUGACCCUAGAGACGGUGGUGGUGAAUGGCUGCAAAAGGCUCACCGACCGUGGGCUGCAUGUGGUGGCUCAGUGCUGCCCGGAGCUACGUCAUCUGGAGGUCGCCGGCUGUUAUAACAUCUCCAAUGAUGCUGUGUUUGAGGUGGUGUCCCGCUGCCCUGGCCUGGAGCACCUAAACCUCUCAGGCUGCUCCAAGGUGACAUGCAUCAGCCUCACCCAAGAGGCCUCCCUCCAGCUGUCCCCUCUGCAUGGCCAGCAGAUUUCCAUCCACUACCUGGACAUGACCGAUUGUUUUUCCCUCGAGGAUGAGGGCUUGCGGACUAUCGCCUCCCACUGCCCCCGCCUGACACAUCUGUACUUGCGCCGCUGCACCAGACUGACAGAUGAAGCCUUGCGCCACCUGGCUCUCCACUGCCCUUCAAUAAAGGAGCUUAGUCUCAGUGACUGCCGCUUGGUGGGGGACUUUGGCCUGCGUGAAGUCGCCCGCCUCGAGGGCUGCCUGCGCUACCUGAGUGUGGCCCACUGCACCCGCAUAACUGAUGUAGGCAUGCGCUACGUGGCGCGCUACUGCCCAAGACUGCGCUACUUAAACGCGAGAGGUUGCGAGGGGCUGACAGACCACGGCCUGAGCCACUUGGCCAGGAGCUGCCCAAAACUCAAGUCCCUGGACGUGGGUAAGUGCCCGCUUGUGUCGGACAGCGGGCUGGAGCAGCUGGCUAUGUACUGCCAAGGCCUGAGGCGAGUGAGUCUCAGAGCAUGCGAGAGCGUGACAGGCCGAGGACUCAAAGCUCUGGCAGCCAACUGUUGCGAGCUGCAGCUUCUCAACGUGCAGGACUGCGAAGUGUCGCCAGAGGCUCUGCGGUUUGUUAGACGCCACUGUCGGCGCUGUGUCAUUGAGCACACAAACCCCGCUUUCUACUGAGACGGGGAGUUCUUGGACUGGUCUUCUGACAAAUGGAUGUUCUAAUAUUCCUGCUAGGGAGUUGGUAGAGUUCAGCGGCCAAUGUGACAGAACUGGUUGAAAACUGGUUUGCAAUACUGGCCAGAAUUUGUCUCUUUAAAUCCGCUUAGUGGCUGUUCAUGCUGAAUAUACUUCCGUAGAUUGUAUUUAACAUAUUUAUCUGUAAAAAGGCAGAGAAGUACAGUAUUUCAGCAUAUAACAUCUUUCAACAUCCCACUUUACUUGCUACAACACUGAGCACUGGGUACAGUUGUGUUGCCAUUUAAAAGCAUUGUAAUAUAUUUUUAUUUCAACGCCUUUAUGGCCCUGAAACAUAAUCAUUAUCAUACGUUACUGCAUCUAUUUCAAAAGAAACAGCAAGUAUCUUCAGACUAAACCACUAAGAAUGUAGCUAUAGAACAGCAGCAACUACAGCAGAUCUGAUUCAAAAUGUUCUCAGUUUCCCUUUCUUUAUGUUGCAUAUGCACUUUAUGCAAUUGUGCUGACAAUCACUUCAGCUGAGCUCAAAAUGUCAUCAUUUUUAAUUUUCUGUAAAUUAAACUAUUAGCAAGGUUGUUGUUUUUUUUUUUUUACAGCCAAAUAGAAACUGUUGUUGAGAAUAAACAAAGAACACAUUGCUGCUAUAACUGUGCCAAUAAAUUCUUCAAAAUCC